AUACAUUUUCUCACCUAAUCAAAUCUUUCUCUCUCUCUCUCUCUCUCGCGUCUCGUCUCAUACUGUCAUACAAUAUGGAGCGAAAUUCGUGGGCCGAUCAGUGGGACAGCAAUCAAUCGUCGGGGAAAACGACCGACGGAGGAAAAGAAGGCGGCGGCGGCGGCGGCGCGUCGACUAAAUACAAAGAGAAGGUGGAGGCUGGAUUGGGGAAGACGAAAGCGGCGGCGAGUUCGGGGUUGAAGAAAGUGAAGAUAGGAACCUCGUUGGGCUUUAAUUGGGUCAAAGACAAGUAUAACAAAACCACCACCAAGAAUUGAUUCAAUCUCUUUUCUUCUUUCGAUUUCGCAUAUUUGUCCAUGGUUUAAUUUUUGUAUUCGAUAUUGUUUUUUUUUUUUUUUUUUGGAUUCUUGUGAUCUUUAUGUUCUGUUUGUGAAGAUUGAAGUAAUACACCUCCUUGAUAUGUAAAUGCUAAAUUAUAAUAAUUUAU